AGCGCCGCGGUGCUACAGCCAAUCUCGUCCGGCUCAGUAAGUGGGUGAAAGGUCCAGGUGAGAAGGUUGACAGGUCGACGUUUCUCCUCCGUGAAAACCACCAGGGAGAAGUAAAAAUGUCUAAACAGCCACAGCCGAUCAGUCCGCUCAAGAACUUCUUUGCCGGAGGUUUCGGAGGCGUCUGCCUGGUGUUCGCUGGACACCCGCUGGACACCAUUAAAGUGCGUUUGCAAACGCAACCGAAGCCCAAGCCUGGAGAGAGACUCAUGUACGCCGGAACUAUCGACUGCUGUAAAAAGACGCUAGCCCAAGAGGGUGUGAAGGGGCUCUACAAAGGCAUGGCGGCCCCCAUCAUUGGAGUCACCCCCAUGUUUGCUGUUUGCUUCUUUGGCUUCGGCUUGGGCAAAAAGCUGCAGCAGAGAAGUCCAGACGAUAUUCUCUCGUAUCCACAGCUGUUUGCCGCUGGAAUGUUGUCGGGAGUCUUCACCACUGCCAUCAUGACGCCUGGAGAGCGAAUCAAAUGUCUCCUACAGAUCCAGGCCUCCACAGGCACUGUGAAGUACAAUGGGCCCAUGGACUGUGUGCGACAGCUGUACAGAGAGUCGGGCAUCCGAGGGAUCUACAAAGGAACAGCGCUGACGCUCAUGAGAGACGUGCCGGCCAGUGGGAUGUACUUCAUGUCUUAUGAGUGGCUGAAGAAUCUUCUCACGCCACCAGGAAAGAGCCACAAUGAGCUGAGCAUUCCGAGCGUCCUGUUCGCCGGAGGUAUGGCCGGGAUCUUUAACUGGGCCGUGGCUAUCCCGCCAGAUGUGCUCAAGUCCCGCUUCCAAACAGCUCCUGAAGGAAAGUACCCCAACGGUUUUCGGGAUGUUCUGCGCGAGCUGAUCAGAGAGGAGGGCGUCCGCUCUCUCUACAAGGGCUUCACCGCCGUCAUGCUGCGAGCCUUCCCCGCCAAUGCUGCCUGCUUCUUAGGGUUCGAAUUGGCCAUGAAGUUUUUGAACUGGGCAGCACCGAACCUGUGACGAGAGCUCAACUCCCUCAAAGACGCCCGGCAAGCAACAUCAAGGAAAUCUGAUUUUUUUUUUUUAACUAAUCUCCAACCAUGAACUUGAUUCUCUCCGCUGCGGCCGUUCUGGGGCCCGGACGAUUGUCCUCACUCCUGUUUUUAACUGCGUCCAUCGUCCGUCUGUGACGGAGUGACGUGAACGUGCCGUGCCUUAGCAUUUGUUCUCCACGAGCAGCUGCACAUAUCAGGGAAGAGGUGCGUCUCGUGGGUCUGCGUCACAUCACUACAGCCUUCACCCUCCACCACUCGGAGACACGUGUGUCAAUAAAUGUAUAGCUGGAGAGAUUGAUUAUAUAAAGUCGACAUGUAAAGAAAUAAAACACCAA